GCUCUGGCAUCACGUACGUACGGGUACACUGUGAAUGAACAUCACAGAAAACUUUGAGAUGGGGUCCCCUGUGCAUAUGAAUUUUUCUUUUCCUUUAUCGCUUCAAGACUACAAAUCCAUACACGUUUGACAAACUUAAAAGUGAUUCAGAUUCUGAGAAAAGGCCCUGAACUCUGUGGCUCUUCACAAAACACUUCUGGGUCCGGAUUCACAAUGGGAGACAAGGACUCGAUCUGUUGUCACGGCGAGUCGGCGGACGAGGGGCAGAUGGAGAUCGAACGGGUCAUGUCCCCCAGCGGCGACAGCCAGAGCAGACUGGAAGAUAACAGAGAGACAGGGAUACUGCGGCGAUCCAAUAGCGCCCCCAUGUUUGACGGACCUACCAUGAGUGACGAGUCGCCGGUAUUUCAACCAAUCAGAGAGAGGCAGAGGGUGCGCCGAUUCAGCGCCAACAUGUCCGGCAAUGCCAAGACUGCCAACGCCAGUACUCCAGUGCGCGUUCCGUCGCGCAUCCGGCAGAUUCAACAGGAAGAGAGCCUGGACGUGCGGAGCAGAGAGGCCGAACACGAGAGAGAGGUGCAGUCUGCCUUUCAGAUCAGUCAUUCCUGCGAUGAAAUGAGUUUAGGUGAAAGCAUCAAGGCUUUGCGAUCAGACGGCAAGACGUUCUCCGAGCCACUGAGAAUCCUGACCUCUUCUCUUCCCAUUCCGUCGACUCCUUCGCCGAACAGGGACAGAACACCGGGGAAGCAAUGCUUCUCGCCAUCGAUGCAGAUCUCCAUGCGGAGUAAUUCACUGACUCCCAGUCCCAUCCCCAGCCCUACCAGGCAGACGUCGCGGGUCCGCAGCAUGAGCCCCGUACUUAAGCCCAGCCUACUUAACCUCAAGAGAAAAUAUGACAGCGAUAGUGAUUCUACCCCACCAAAGAGACAACUUCUGUCAUCACCAUCUCACAACAGUAGCAGCCAAAGUAUAUGCAGCCUGAGUUCCGAUGACGCCAGCCCCCCUCAGAGGAACCUGGCAGACCCCUCGGCGAGCCUGGCCAUCCCUGUCUCCACAAGUGGAGCAGUCUUUGCUUUUGCUAUGGGCGACACGCACCUAUGACAGUCGGCCUCUUCCAUUUAACCCAAAAGGGGAAGCCCAGGUACAACGUGUCUGUGUUUGUGGUUUUUGUCGUCCGUUCAUCCAAGAUGAUUUUGUGUUUUAUUUGUGAUUUAUGCUGUUUUAAAAUUUUUGUUCGAAGAGGUUUAGUCCAUGGCGGACCCUAUAACUGUUGAUCAAAACGCUUUGUAUAAAUGCAACAGAUUUAGCUGAAAUAAUGUCAACUGCAUGCUGAGAACGUUACCGAGACUCUUCAGCUGAAAAAAAAAGUAAGCGACAUUUAACCAUUUUAUUUUGUCAGUUGCAGUAUUUUGCCAAUUUCUCUUCCUGUAGAUAAAAUUUGAAGUUCUUUGUGUUGGGAAUUAUUGAGAUGAGUGUACUUGGUUCUAAGAAACUAAGAUCUUGUUUUGUUAAGAUACCAGUUACUCAACAUGUAAGACAGUAAAUUCCUUUUGUCUUAAAGAAGGACCCAGAGGCGCUGUUGGCUCAUCUGUAAACUUUAGUCCUACUCAUUGACCUAGCUUGGUUUAUCAAGACAUUUCCAUCAAGUAAAGGACUGUUCACCAUCCGGUUCCUACUUUUUUCAACCAGUAAUAGUCCCAUAACUUAGACUUUCCACCAAAUAGUUCCAAGGUUUCGUUGGUUUUUUUUCUUGUUACCAUUGGUAGAUUACUUUACGGUUUGUGUACAAUUGAAGAAGAAAAAUACCUUGUAUAAAAAUGUAAAUUUGCCGAACAAAAUGACUUUUGUUUGUAUAAGGAAACCGCCUUUGUACAUGUAGUUAUUUUUGUGUGGACAUGGUGAAACCUAAUUUACAUUUUUGAUGACCCACCCAGCAAUAAUUAUUGUCUGGUCUCUUGUCCAGUUUGCUUGAGCUGCUGAGCGGAACAUAUUUACCAGCACAUUUUUUCAGCUCAGCAAAACUGAGCCAGAUAGUCAGUCAUAAGAAGUUCACAUUGUGUGGCCAUGUUGGCCGGUAACCUGGCUCAUCGUACCCAGCUGCUCAACGGAAUCAGACCGGGCUGGUAUGCGUGACUAACAAAAGACUUUUUGCAGACACUGUGAGGGUGCCAUACUCGAGGGUGACAGUGUUGUAAUCUGUAUACCGUCACCUGAACAGUCACCUGACAUAAUACAUGUAGUCACAUGACACAGUUGUCACUGAAAAGCACGAGAUAAAAGAAUAGCUUACUUCACAGGACUCGAGACUAGCAAAUACCUGUGGAUACAAUUCUUGGUUCUUUGUUUCGGGUAAGAAUCAUGUAAUAUGUGAAUAUAAAAUGUUUAAAAGGUGAAAUUUUUUUGUAAACAUUAUUAAGGGGUAGUGCAAACUGUACAUAUGUGCUUGUAUAAAUGUAGAUAAUGAUAAAACGUAUGUAUAUUUCAAACUAUUCAGAGAGUGGAUGAUAUGUAUAAUUUAUAAUCAGACAGUAGUGUACAUAUAGAUAGCCUGCACGAUCUACCUGUUGAAACAGUAAGCUGUAGUGAUGUACAGCACGUAGUUCAUGCAUGAGAUGUACAUAUGUAUUAUACGCAGUACAAAAUCGAACAAGAAGUUUGAGUGAAUAGUAGAUGUACUGACCUCUAUCACGUGGCAGAUAUGUUGCUUUUCUACCAUUCAAAGCAAUGCAACCAAAGUGAGGCUGGAAAGAAAAAUAAUCUGUUCCCUCUUAUCAAUAUUUGAAGUUGUAUUACCAUUGCCCUUGGGUAUACAGGGAACAAGACAAACAUGGCAGCACCAUGGUAAAGGUCUAUAACAUUAGACAUAGGAAUAUUAAAGAUCGCUAGGGCUACAUUUUGCAUACCCUGUGGACAGCAUUAUGCUGCCUGUUUGAUUGACGGAGAUUUCAGAAUCUUAAGCCGCGAGUUUUAUUUUUGGCCAGAAAUUAUCGUUAAUCUUGUAAUUACGAAGAGUUUGAAGUGACAAGAGUGGUUGAUUUUAAGGCCUAGUUAAUUCUACUGCAUUUUAUUAGGCGAGAAACUAAACUUGUAGCAAACUUUUCUGGUGUCAGUGCGAAAUACAAUUAAUACUUCUGUAAGUUGACUUGCACAUUAAGUGGAGAAACGUAUUUUAGGCUAUGUACAAAACUUUCCUUGAAAGAAAGAUUCCACAGAAAGUGUCAUUCUUAUCUAGAAAUUUAGUGUCAACACUGCAGUUCAGUGAGGUGUCAUUUCUGAACAAAAAAAAUAUGUCGGGAAAGUUUUAUAGUCUAAGAUAAAUAAAAUGACAAGCCACGUUAUAAAGAAUCAUACAAGCUAAAACAAAGAAUGCGAUUAGCACAAGUGCAACACCAUCUUCAGAUGAUAUGUAUGCUGUACAUUUGUUCCUAAGAAAAUUAAUUGGAAUUGGUAUUUUCAACCAGGCGCACAUUGUAGUGCAGAGGCGUAACAUGAAGCCUUGAAAUUCCCCCAGUGUUGAAGAUUCUGCGCACUCGGGCUCAUGAAUCGUUUUCAUCUUUCUUUUCAUAUUAUUCGUUUGUCAAAAAUCAUUCAAGGGCAUAUUUUUGUAGCAUGUUGGAAGUUUUUCAGUGGCCAAGAUAGUCGUUACAUUAGAACAGUAUUUUCAAAAUACCGGUAUAAAACAGACGGCUUGUACAUUGUGCUUGACCUCAAAAGACCCAAUUUGGUGCAGAACCUCACCUUUAUUUUUCUAAAGAGAUCAUGAAACUGAGAUCUUCUUUCUGUGGAGACCGUGUUAAAACAAAGAUCAGGUAACGGGUAACUCUGGAGGCGUAGUCUGCUUACCUUGCAUCUGUGUUAACAUGCCCAGACUUAGCGUGAGAUCAACUUUGUGGGCGCCAUUUAUUUUUUUCCCAAGAAUGAACUGAUAUUAUGUUCACCAGAUUGCAUCCACAAUUCUUUCUGAUGUUAGGCAAGCCCUCAGAAAUAGCAAGUUGCUUUGAACCUUUUGGAUGGGUGCUGGAAUAAUUAUACACCAAAGACUCCCCGAGUUUCAGUAGCACCGAGUGCUCACUGACAAAAAUGUGUUCCAGCAGGCUUGGCGAUGCAAAGGGAGGCUUGUGCUUGAUGUUUUUGGAACACUGUUGCAUCCCCUUGUAUUUUGUAGAGCAAAUAAACCUAAGUAUGCAUGAGUUAAAGCUGUAAAUAGAAAGAGAGUUCUGCAUGGAAGCAGCUGCAGUUCAGUGAUCCAACCUUGUGUUGAGUCACAAAACUGAGUAAAGUACAUUAAAAAAAAACUAAGUCUUGAGUUACUUUGA